CUACACUCUCGCGUGCCAGCCGCCAUCAGACGGACACUUUCGAUCGGGCUGGUGACCACGCCAUUACUAUUGUUUGAUGGUUUACCUUAAUUGUCACUGGUGAUCUGCCGCACCCCGGGCUUUCUUUCUUCUCCCGACGGCACUCAUUGAUUACUCGUUUACGCCCUGCCAACCUAUUCUUGUCCGCCCUGUGUGAUACGAAUUAUUUUUGACUCCCAACCUCCACCCUCACCUUCCAUCCUCACCACCCUCGCCACACCGGGCCUGUGCUGGUGCAGUUGAUACAGACUCGCUCGUUUGAAUUUUUUUUUAAAAAAUAAUUUCACAUUCGAUAAUUUUGUCUCGAGAUUUGGUUCCUUUUUUCACUUUUGAUACCCGAUCGAUUUAUUUGAUCCUUUCUACGCCUUGUUUUGUUUCGAUUGCCCAUUAACGCGCACACGCAUCGAUUGAUCUAUCCUCGACGGCGAUCGGAUGCAGCCCGCCGCUGAACAUGGCCAACGAUGAGCCUACGAAUAACGAGCAUGUCAAGGCAGAGGGCGACGUCUCAGUGCCUGCGACCGGGUCGGAGGUGAACGCUGCAGCAGCCACAGCAGAAGCCCCCGAAGCGGCCGACAAGACGACAGAGACCGCCCGUGAAGGCAGGGACACCCGCACCCGACGCGCUUCUGCCACAGCUGCCGCGGCGGCCGCCAACCAGCCUACCCCAACAACCCGUCGCACGCGCCGCAAGAAGGACGAGGCUGAGCAGGAGAAAGAAAAAGAGAAGGAAAAGGAGAAGGAGAAAGAAAAGGAAAAAGAAAAAGAAAAACCAAAGAAAUCCAAAAGCAAAGCAACAAAAGAUAAGAUCAAAGAUGAAGACAAGGGCAAAGAGAAGGACAAGGCGAAAGACAAAAAGGCAGUAGACCAGGAGCACACAGACAAAGAGAAGGAGAAGGAAAAAGACAAGUCCAAAGAGAAGCCAGAAAAGCCAGAGAAGCCAGAGAAGGCGGAGAAAGAGGCCAAGCCGCGCAGCACUCGACGCACGCGAGAAAAGUCCAAUGCGAACACGCCGCAGUCGUCGCGGAAGAAGCCCAAGCUAGAGCACCAGGCGGACAACAAUAACAACACCAACACUAGCAAUAAUGACAAGCCCAGGGUUGACCUUGCAGAUACCAGGGAAACACCCAGCAAACCUUCUGCCCCGCCGCCUGCGCCCACCGUCAGUGCUGUCGCCGCUCCGCUAACUCCUGCGUCUGCUCCCGCUCCCAUCCCUCCUGCAGCGGCCCAAAAUGGAAACCAUGAGGCUAUCCCAACUCCUCCACCGCCUCGUCCAUCGCAGCCUGUCCAGACUCCCGUGCAAACACCAGCACCACCGCCGGCUGCGUCGACAACCACUUCACCGCCUAGAGCAUUUUCUAGCUCUACCCUCGUUCAGCCGCCUGCCGCAGUCUCUACGCCUCCUGGCAUGAUGCACGCUCCCACCUUAUCUCGAUCUCAGUCGCAUGAGAACAGCCUGCAAUCAUAUUCCACCCCAACAUAUCAGUCACCAGCACCUUCACAACCGGCGCCUCAGCCAUCCUCGCAGCGGUCGAGUGGGCGCAAUUAUGAUCCCAUCCGCUCUGCGUUGAGCAACCCGUCUCCGCCCUCGCCUCCUCCGCCAUCGCAUGGAAUGUCUCCUGUUAAAAGUAGCACCCCUCAAUUCAGUCCCCAGCAGCACAGUGCUGUUUCACCACGUGGAGGCUACAGAGCGAGCGCGUCGCCUUCUAUUUCUAGUAUCAUCGAUCCUCCAGCACCGAUGCAACCAACCCAUCAAUCACAGGCGCCCGUCUACUCUAACCAUGUACAUAAUAAUUACUCACCAUAUGGCUCAAACAUGCCACUGCAUCACUAUAAUCAAACGCCACAAACACAGCAACCUCACGCACCAAUAACCCAUGCACCACCGCCACUACGACAAUUUUCUCCACCGCAACAGUCUCAAUCCCAACCUGCAGUUCCUCCACCUCCACCUCCACCUCAUCAACCAGUCUCGCAGCAAAGUCAACCUCUGGUCCAGCCGCAAUACUCACCACCCCAACAAGAGCAACCGCCUCAAGUGAUCCAUCAACAAGCAUCACCCAAGCCUGCUGAGAAAACGACACUAUUGCAACAGCCCGUUGCAAUGGAAAUCGAUUCUGAGCCUCCCCCUGCAUCAGCUGUGAAAGCUGCAAAACCAUCUAAAAAGGACAAGAGUACUCCAACGGGGACCGUCUCUAGUGCACCGUCUCCCAAGCCUGCUCGUCCAGCCAAGGAUGCCCCGCCGCCUCUUCCGCAGGGUUCUGGCUUGAUUACAGGAGCAUUGUUUGGUGUGGAUGACAGCUCCUCUGGUGCUUCCAAGACGGCGCCCAAUAUCGUCCUCCAUGUCCCCCUUGAUGGCCAGACGAAUAAGAUCAUCAGCUUUGCUCGGUUAGCUGAGGAGAAGUAUGGGUUUGCAGCACUACAUCCACGUCUUGCGGCGCAAAAGGAACGACUGGCUCGCGUUGCUGCGGCGAGUGCAGCAUUGGAGAAGAAUGAGAAGAAUGAGAAGGGAGGGUCGGCGCGUGAAAGUGCGGACGAGGAUCUUAGUGUCGACAUCGACCGCGAUAGUGACGUUGACGGUGAUGUCGCCAUGGGCGGCACUGAGCUCACGGGCGGAGACGACAAAGCCGAUGGGAAGAAGAAACGGCGUCGGAAGAAGAUGGAAGACUACGACCGCGACGACCCUUUCGUGGAUGACAGCGAACUCGUCUGGCAGGAGCAGGCUGCGGCCAGCAAGGAUGGGUUCUUCGUAUACAGCGGGCCCCUAGUCGCAGAAGGCGAGAAAGUUCAAGUGGAACGCGCCGAUGGUACGAUCAAACGCGGUCGUGGCCGUGGCCGUGGUGGCGUUCGAAGAGGCGCAAGUCAUCUCCAUGUGCCGAUUGCAUCCAAUAUCCCCAUCUCGCCAGAGACGGGUCUGCCUGUUCGGGGGCCCGGGUCGCGAGGCGGCAGCUUGACGCGCAAGCCGCGCAGCAACAAGGCGCGACAGCAUCAGGCCGAGGACAAGCAGGACAUCCGCAUGAUCAAUGCCUCGCCGGACAGUCGUGGCCGUGGCGGCGGCAGCGUAGGCCGGGGCGGAGGCGCCAGUGGCAGUGGCACCACGACGAACAGUCGCGGCGGCGGCAGCACCAGCACCAGCAGCAAGAUAGCCCCUUCCAGCGCUGCCAACAUGGCCGGCAUGGUCGGGCUCGCGCCUGCCCCGGCGCCCCAGCUGGCUCCUGCCCCUGCUGGGCCCUUGCCAGCCCAGAAUCCGAUCAUACGCUGAUUCUAUCUACUCUGUUCUACUAUGUUCUAUGUGAUUCUAUCCUGUUUCAUUCAAUUCGUUCUAUUCUACUUUGUUACUCGUUUUGUACGCUUUGCACAUUGAUUAGGCUCUCCAUUGCACGACGCUCUACCCGCGAGCAUUAUUGACUCUCGGAACAAUUGUCUUUUACGCUGGUCGUCUGGAGUUUGGUGCAGUUGGUGGUAUUGCUCUUAUUUUUAGACUAUAUUUCAUGCCCGCGUUCGGUUUGCCUAUACGUUAUAGCUAAGUAGCACCGUGUUCAAUGUGACUAGUUCUCAACCAAACCAAUCCGAUUGCCUUG